AUGUCGGGCGGCAGCUCCUCAGAUCUUGAUACUAACACCCAUCAAGAUCCCGCUCAUCAAUCCAAGGACCAUGUCGAAAACGAGCCUCAGCCGCUGUCUCGUCCGACGUCUACGAGACUUCGCUUCCUUGCCCAAAACCCGCCGCUCAGGACAACCCCCAGCUCGGCGCCACAGUCUGAAUAUGGAAGCAGACGCAGCUCCUUCAUCGCCCCGAUAGAGGAGAUUCUCCCUGACGACCACGUCGACCCUGACACGUUUGGCGUGGUAGAGGAGCGCGAUGGAUUCUUUGACGCCUUAUUUGUCAAAAGUACGCAGUUGAUUCCGGAGGGGUUUGUUGAACGAUCCAGGGCCUCGUUGCCCGCUGCCUUUGACAAGGAUUCGCCUCUGGCGGCUCGUCGGUUUAUCCCCAGGCAAAUCGAUGCGGUCAAAUCCGUGGUUCGGAAUGUCACCACGACUCGUGCUGGCAUCCGUCUGCUCAGGUCCUUUACCGCCUAUUUCGCCGCGUACAUCAUGUGCCUGAUUCCAGCCGUCAGGCAAUGGCUCGGCCGAUAUCACUACAUCAUUGCCGUCUCCGUCAUCUUGAACCAUCCGGCCCGGACCCUUGGUGCUCAACUUGAGGGUGCUGUUUUCACCUCGAUUGGUACGGCCGCCGGGAUUGGCUGGGGAGCUGUCGGCCUGUUACUCUCUACGUCGACCUCUGCAGCCAGCGCUGGCUAUGGCGGAGUUUUGGCACUUUUCCUGGCUCUGUUCAUGGCAGUCGUUGCGUGGGUACGCUCAUACUAUUCACGGUUCUACCAAAUGGUGGUGUGCGCAGGUGUAUCAAUCGUCUUUACCUUGUUGGCCCAGACUCGAGGCAAUGUCGUUGUGUGGGAGAAGCUGAGAAACUAUGCGGUUCCAUGGGUUCUAGGCCAGGCUCUCGCACUCCUCGUCAACUGCACCGUCUUUCCUGAUGCCGGUGCGAGACCACUUGCCAUUGCCUUCCAUCAGUCUUUUUCCUUUAUGCUGGACGCCAUUGCGAUUCCACGCCCAAGAGAUACCAGACUUAGGCGGGAUCUGGUCCGUUCCUUUGUGGACUUAUCCACCGCCCACCGCGAUAUGCGAACCAGCCUCACCAUUACACGCUUCAAGCCAGACGACGUGAGGGAGCUGCGCAACCUCAUGCAAGCCGUCAUUCGCUGCAUGCUGGCCAUGGAAACCGAAAGUGCUCUUGUCAGCGAAACUGAAAAUGGACAUGCCCCUAUUGUGGUUGAAGCCGUCGAGGCGUCUCCACACGAUCUCGAAAACAUCGCCGAGAAGGCCUCUGGCGCUGUAGAAGAGAAAGAAGUCACCCGGACCGUAAUCGGGAAACUGGCAAAGCCCACAAAGGAGCUCCUCGCUUGUAUGAACUCGGGACUGCAGGCGAGCCAAGCCGCGCUGAUGGACCUGUCAGGUUAUCGACAGUAUCUGGGUCCCCCAAUGACGGUCUCGUCUGAUAUUGCUCCUGUUCAAAUUCGCAUGAAAGCUGCCAAAACAGUCUUUGAUAGCGUCGAGUCUGAGCUUCUGGAAUCGGGCCAGCUCCCCCCGGCAUCGAUGAACGACUCGGCCGUUGUCCAACUCUUCAUCUUUGCGAGACAUGUCCGUGAAACCGCAACCACGGUGGAGAAUCUCAUGGGCAAAGUAUAUGCCAUGCAGCACGUUUCCAACUGGCCACGGCCUCACCUGCCCUCAUAUCCCUGGAGAAAAGCCGUUCACUGCGUCAACAGUCAAGUGAUGCAUGACCGAGGCGGCGCCACGGCCUCGUCCUACCACAAGAACAGCCUCGGCUACAGAAUCUGGCAAGUCCUGCACCUGCUGCAAGGCUACGAGGGCCGGUACGCCUUCAAAGCCGUUCUCGUCACGUCUCUCCUGUCGAUUCCCUCGUACCUACACAGGGACAAGGUCUGGUGGGACGACUACGAAGCCUGGUGGGCUGUCACCAUGAGCUGGCUCCUGAUCCAUGCUCGUGUAGGAGGAAAUGUGCAAGACUUGGUUGCCAGAGCUGUGCUGGCGGUUCUGGGUGCUGUAUGGGGUGGCCUUGCUCAUUCCGCGGGCGAUGGAAGCCCGUAUGUGGUGGCGGUGUUUGCAGCCAUCUUCAUGGUGCCCAUGCUCUAUCGCUUUACGCAGAGUUCUCAUCCAAGAUCUGGCCUUGUAGGCUGCCUGUCGUUUACAGUCGUCUCCCUCCAACUUCAAGCUGGCGAGCUGCCCUCCUCACCAGCCGUCACAGCCGUCCUCCGAGGCGUCAUCUUCCUCGUCGGCACGACCGCGCCCAUCAUUGUCAACUGGUGCCUGUGGCCAUUUGUUGCAAGACACGAGCUUAGGAAAGCUCUGUCUUCAAUGCUCUUUUUCUUGAGCAUCAUCUAUCGCAACGUCGUGGCGAAAUACAUCUACUUUGAACAAGGCAAAGAGCCCACCCCUGAAGACAUUGAAAAGUCCGAAAUUCUCGAAGGACGCAUCAGAGAAGGCUUCGUCCGCAUCCGCCAACUCCUGGUCAUGACCCGCCACGAAAUCCGCCUCCGCAGCCCCUUCAACCCCCUCCCCUACUCUGGCCUCGCCGACUCCUCCGAGCGCUUCUUCGACUACCUCAUCGCCGUGCGCCAGUCCGCCGUCCUGUACAACCCGGACUACAUCCGCGACGACCCCAUCGCCGCGCAGCGAUUGCUUGGCUUCAGGAGAGACGCCGUGGCUUCUAUCCUGGCGAACCUGUACAUUUUCGCAGGGGCUCUCAGAGCAGACAGAAAAGUUCCCAAAUAUCUGCCCAGCGCCGCCGCCGCCCGUCGAAAACUGCUCCUCGAAACCGCCGCCCUCGAGGAAGAAAUGGCCCAGCAGCACGCCCAGCAACCAGACGACCCCCACGAGGACGCCUCCCGCAGAUGGCACAAGAAGUGGAGCGACAUAUACAGCUACUCGUACAACGAGAGCCUCACGGGCUGCGUAGCGCAACUCGAGGAGCUGGAGAGAUUCACCAAGCUUAUUGUUGGCGAGCAGGGGUAA